UAUUUUUCCAAGUUUUUAUUUAUAAGCUAAAAUACCUACGAAUAAAAUAUAUAGUUGAAAAAAUAAAUAAAUAAAUAAAUAAUAAUACUGUGUAUUUUAUCAUAUAUCCCGGAUAGCGACAACAGCUAAAUAUAUACGACGACAAAAAAGAAAAAAGAAUAAAAAAAAGCCAUUUUAACACAUAAUGUCUAAUUCUGGAUCGACUGGAUCAAUUACAGAUUCAACUGGAUUCAGUAUGUUGGGUGAUGCUUUACAAAUACCAAAUUAUCAUUUUAAAGCUGCCCCGAUACCGAGUUUAGCCCAUGGUGAAAGUGUGGAUAUUGUUUUUGGCUAUAGAAUAUCAAAUAAAAAACCAGUGGUGGCUAAAAUGUCUCCUAAUUCAUUAAGACUUGAAAGAGAAUAUUAUAUCAUAAAAAGAUUAUAUCAACUGAGUGAUGGAUCAUCUUUUUUAGUUCGACCUUUAGAAUAUAUUCAUUUACCAAGUGGAUUAACUAUAGUUAUUUACGCUGAUGAAGGACAGAACUAUUUAGAAUAUAGUAAACGGCAAUCCGAUGAAUCAAAUAAUUCAAUUACAUCUAGAGCAACAGCUUAUUCAGAUAGAAGCUCAGUUAGCGAUCAUUCAAUAGAGAAACGCUAUCGUUCGUUUCAUUAUGAUAGUAGCAAUAUAUUUAUGGAUUAUAGCAGUAAUUUUAAUAGUAAUAAUAUCAGUCAUUAUUAUCAACCUUUACCUUCUGCAGGUUUACCAAAUAAUGGUCCUAUUUACGAUCUCAGUACAUUUCUCCGUUUUGCUAUCAAGUGUACAGAUUGUUUGGAAUUUAUUCAUCGAAAUAAUGUUGUGCAUGGGGAGAUUAGAUUAUCUGCAUUUCAAUGGACUGGUGAAGACUCAGCAAGAGUGAAAAUGUGGAAUUUUGGUUCUGGAACAAAAUCUCUUGAGACUUAUCUUACAAGUGAAGGUUGGAGAAAGACUGCAAAUAAUAAGGAAUCUAUGGAAAUGUUACAGAAUCUAUUGGUUUAUGUAAGUCCAGAACAAACCGGUAGAACAACCUAUGUCCCAGACCAUCGUUCAGAUAUUUAUUCAUUGGGUAUCGUUUUUUUUGUAUUAUUAACUGGAAAAAAUCCAUUUGAUGGUGGCCCAUUAGAAAUAUUGAACAGUAUCUUGAGUAAAAAAAUACCGCUUAUUCAUGAGAUCCAACUAGAAGUGCCUGAAGUAGUUGCUAGAAUUGUUGAAAAAAUGACAAAUAAGUCACCAGAUGAAAGAUAUAAUAGCGCUUAUGGUAUUAGAGCUGAUUUAAAAGAAUGUCUAAAACGUUUAAAGUUUGCUUCUGAAACUAGUUAUGAAGUCAUUGAAUCCUUUCCUUUAGCAGAAAAAGAUGUUGCUUCAGUUUUUACAUUACCUAAAGCGAUUUAUGGACGUCAGGGAACUAUUGUUGAGAUGAAUUAUAUUAUACAACGUGUAGCUGGUGUAUACAAAACAAUGAAAAAUCGUAAAGACAAAUCAUAUUCUACAGGCUCUACAUUACCUACAAUCACAAGUGGAGGUGAUUUUCAUAUAAGUAAUGCAAGUGUAAGUGAUAAUACUAGUGACCAUUUAUCAGGUAAUGAAGGUAGUGUAACUAACGGAGCCAUCAAUACUGGUACAAAAUCAAAUACCUCCCCAAGCUAUUGUAGUGGAUUUGAUGGAAGUGAUAUAUCUAGUGGGAAUGGUAGAGUACAAAGUAUAAAACAGGGUGUUGAAAUUGUUUGUAUUUCUGGCCCUGGUGGUGUAGGUAAAUCUACUUUAUUUAAUGCCGUUCAAAAUGUAGCUAGGCAGCAUGGUUAUGUUGCAUCAACAAAAUUUGAUUCACGACAUAAAGUACCUUAUAGCUGUAUACUAAAAUCUCUUUCUCAAAUUUUGCAGCAAGUUUUAUCCGAGUCUGAGGAAGAAAUUCAUGCAUUUUAUAACCAUCUUAAAACACACCUAGGUUCCCAAUUUUGUAAAAUCGAACUUUUAGCCGAUCUAGUACCUGAAUUAAAGCCAUUGUUAGACCCAGUUGAUAGUGAGGAUUCAGAAGAACCUAUUGAUCAAAUUCAUUUGGAUAAUGUUGAAACUCGUGUUCGUUUUCAUAAUUUAUUUGUUGAAGUAUUUCGAGCUUUAACUCAAUGGCGUAUGGUGACUUUGUUUUUGGAUGACCUUCAUUUAGCAGACGAGCCAUCAUUGGAAUUAAUUGAAAGUAUGAUUGGUUCUCGUUUAAAGCUUUUACUUUUUAUUGCCUUUAGAGAUCAAGAAGCUACUCCACAACUAGAAAAACUUCUUACAAAUGAAUAUGCUGUAUUUCAUAAUCUUCCAAUUGAUGCACUUGAUUUUGAUUCGUUAGUUGACUAUGUGAGUGAUGCUCUUCAUAGACCUUUGGAUGUAGAUCGUGAUUCUAUUUUACCCUUAGCAGAUAUUGUGUAUAAGAAGACUCGAGGUAAUGCUUUUUAUACAUCCCAACUGCUAGCUACACUUGAGAAGAAGAAAAUGAUUUUCUUCAACUGGGAAGAAAAUGAAUGGGAUUAUAACCUGGCCGAUAUUCAACAAGUAAUUAUGUCCAAGGAUGGCGCUGAACGUGAUGCUGAGUUGGAUAUUAGCUUUUUAGUAAAUCGAUUAAAGGAAUUACCAUUAGAUGGUCAACGUUUGCUUAAAUGGGCUUCCUUUGUAGGUGAUACAUUUUCUUGGAAUACCGUCAAAUAUUUAAUGCUACAUUCAGAUCCUGAAUCAGAGUUUUCUGAUUCUGACGCAGCCAAUUCAGAAAUAAAUUCACAAGCAGUGGAUGAUGAUGAUAAUAGCUCAUCCGAGUCUAUGCACCAUAAAAAUAUUCAACAUCCAUUGAUCAAAUUUUCUAUGGCCAAUAAUGAAGCACAAUCUUCCUUAACAGCAUCAACAUCUAUCACGUCAAAAUCAAGUCAAAGAACACUUUUUCGAUCAGCUUCGCGUAAAUUGUAUAAUCCUAUCAAUGGUUUGCAAGCAGCUUUACAAGAGGGUUAUAUCUUACCACUUGAGAGUGAUGAGUUUAAAUGGUCGCAUGAUCGUUAUUCGCAAGCCGCUAUGGAACUUGCUAAUCCAAAAAGUAGGGAAAAGAUCCACCUUAAGAUUGCUAAAUAUCUUAUGCAAGAAGAGAAUGCUGAUAAUUUUCUUAUUGCUGACCAUUUGCUCAAGUCUAUGAAAUUGAUAUGUGUGUCAGAAAAUAAGGCAAUGUAUAGGAAUAUAUUAUACGAGGCAGGCAAUAAGGCUCGUGCAUCAGGUGCUCAUAAAAUGGCCUUCUCUUACUACAAAGCAGCCAUUUCUUUAUUAGAAUCUGAUUGUUGGGAAGGCGAAAAAUACAGCCGAACACAUUAUCUUUACACCAAUGCUGUUUCCCUCAGUUGGGUUGUCGGUGAAUAUGAAACAACUGAGAAAUACCUUGAGGCUAUUUUUAAACAUACAACGGAUCCUAUGGAUCGCGUAAUAGCCUAUCGUAUUCAGCACAAGUAUUUUUUCUCUCGACAAAUGCAUGAAGAAGGUGCUCAAUCUUUACGUAACUGUCUUCAAGAACUCAAUAUUGAUGACUUCAAUUUUAAUAUCACUCGUGAGGAACUUGAUAAACAGUACCAACUCGUGAUAGGCAUGAUUAAGGAGAUAGGUAUUGAAGAGAUGCGAAAAUUGAAUCUAUGUGAGGAUCCAAAGUUAAGAUCGAUUAUGAGUAUCCUUGAGGAGAUGUGCACAAGUGCAUAUUGGCUUGGCAAUCAAACUGAAAUGUUUUAUUAUGCUGUUAAAAUAGUUUAUUACUCACUGACUCAAGGUAUCUCAUCUGCAACAGGUGUGGCUUUGACAUUUUUGAAUCUUUGUGCUGUUGAAUUUUAUGAUGAAUACAGCUUUGGUGAGGAACUAGGUGCGGCAGGCGUUACGAUAUCCGAAAAAUAUGGUAGCAAUAACGAAAAAGGUCGUGCCCUCUGUCUCUAUAAUAUUUUUGGGCUUGUAUGGAAACACCAUCAACGUGAAUCCAUUGCUGCUUAUCGCCAAGCACUACGCUACUCAUUGUCAGCAGGUGAUCGUAUCUACGCUUCCUUUUCGCACUUGCAUAUAGUAGAUAUGCUGUUUUACAUAGGUAAUAAUUUAUCGGAUACACUAGCAGAAGCAGAAAGUUGUUAUGAUGAUAUUCAUAACUGGUCUUCAUCUGCUGAUAUCAAUAUCUUGAUCAUGAGUGUGAUUCGUACAAUUAAAGCAUUACAAGGUCAUACCUUUCAUAACACACCUGAGGAAAUCUUUAAUGGAGAUGAUGGUUUCUGUGACAGUCAUUUUAUUGCUGAAAGUUGUAAACAGAGUCCAAGUCCAAAUGUCCCCUUAAAUUGGUAUGAUUCUUUCCGUAUGCUGCCACUUGUACUAUAUGGACAUUACAACUAUGCUAUCGCUACAGGUUAUAUGUGUAUUCGUGGCAUGCACAAUCAUCCAUCUCAUCGACAUACUCGUAUGGUUGUUUAUCUACAUUCACUGGCUAUUCUUCAAAAGAUACGUGUAGAGCGAGAAGAACUAUCCCAGGAAGAAAUUAAUAUGUAUAUAGAACGUAUCGAGGCUAACCAAGCUAUACUGAGACCAUGGAUGGAACAUUCCCGCAUUAAUUAUGCUAUGUGGUAUACUUUAGUAGAGGCAGAGAAGGUAGCCACACUCUCCAACGAUUUGGCUAAAGCAGUUCGACUUUAUGAAGAUGCCAUUGAUCAGGCACGUGAAGGUGAUUGGUUUUUAGAGUUAUGUAUCUGUCAUGGAUAUCUUGGUGGGUUCUAUGAACGUUCCGGUUUAAAGAAUGCAGCUUAUGGUAUGUUAAGGAAGGCAAUUGACUUGUAUGUUCAUCAUGGAUCUUAUGGUAAAGCACAACAAUUAAGUACAAAAUACACUACCCUAUUGACAGAAUAUGAUGAUGGUCGUAUUGAAUCUCAUGACACUGGUGUCCAAACUGAUCCAUUUCCUUUCUUGGGUCCUCAAGGAACCUGGAGUACAUCUUCACUGGGUGCAGUCAAUACUGUUAAUGAACCGUUUGUAUCAGAAACAAUCCCCCCUGUUACAACUGAGCAAACAUUGCUUACUCUAGAUAUUCUUGAUAUGGCUUCUAUUCUUAAAAGUUCUCAAGUUAUUUCAUCCGAGGUCAAGUUUGACAGUUUACUUAAAUCGAUGAUGUCUAUCAUCUUGGAAAAUUCAGGCGCAGAUUGUGGAGCAAUUAUUGUUAAGGAAGAAAAAUACGGUAUGUGUGCUUAUGGUAGUCAGCAAGAGGGCUCUAUGACCUUUGAUCCUCCUCGUCCCCUUAUGGAUGAUGAUGAAUUAGUCUCAAGCCGGAUCAUUCAUCACACAAUUAACACUGGAGAAAGUAUUUUUAUUCAUAACAUAGAUCAAGAUGCAAGAUUUGCAGUGGGCCCAUGGUAUAACCGUGUUGGUAACAAAUCUGUCAUCUGCAUGCCCAUCACGCACAAGAGUGCUCUUGCCGGUUGUUUAUUCUUGGAGGGCUCAAGUGGCAUCUUUACUCAACGCCAUAUUACUGUCCUUAGCCUUUUAUGUCAACAAAUGGGUAUCUCUAUCACAAAUGCUUUCCUGUUUAAGUCUGUACAACGUGUGACGAUGGCGAAUAUGCGCAUGAUUGAAAUGCAAAAGAAGGCAUUAGAAGAUGCAAGAAAGAGUAAAGAGGCAGCCGUUCGUGCUACACGCCUUCGAGAAAUAUUUCUUGCUAACAUGAGUCACGAAAUCCGGACACCCUUUUCUGGAUUUUAUGGUAUGAUUUCACUAUUAGCAGAGACAGAAUUAGACCCUGAACAACGCGAUUUGGUGAAAACCGCAAAGGAAUCCUGUGAGAUCCUUUUACAGAUCAUUGAUGAUCUUUUAAAUUUCUCUAAAUUGCAAGCAGGCAAGGUAACACUAGAUUUAGCUCCUGUAAUAAUAGAAGAUUUGAUCGCUGAUGUGGUUGAGAUGCUGAUUGCUAUGGCUAUUCAAAAAAAUAUCAAUAUUGCCUAUAUGAUAGCUGAUAAUGUACCUACCGUUGUUAUUACUGAUGGAAAUCGUCUAAGACAGGUUCUGAUUAAUUUACUUGGUAAUGCUAUCAAGUUUACACAUGAAGGUGAAAUUCGAAUUAAAUGCUCUUUGGAUACAACAACAAAGAUUGCUUCAAACGAUCAAGUAGCAUUGCUAUUUGAAGUCAUUGAUACAGGUAUUGGUAUUAGUAACGAACAAAGAAAGGUCCUCUUUGAGCCAUUCUCUCAAGUGGACGGUAGUACAACACGCAAGUAUGGAGGCACUGGUCUUGGGCUCUCUAUCUGUCUUCAACUUGUUGAGCUCAUGUCUGGUUCAAUCAAUGUCUCUAGCGUCCCUGGUAAAGGAUCCGAUUUUUAUUUUAGCAUUCGAGUAUCAAAGUUUCAUUUGCAAGCUGGCGGUAAAAACCCUCAAAUUGAAUCCUAUUUUGAUGAGCGCAAAGUAUUACAUCAAUACUUAUCCUCACUCAAAGUGUUGGCUAUUUCCAGAUAUCCAGCUACAAUUGAUAUGAUUCGAUUUAUUUUAACAGGUAUUAGAGUAGAUGGUGCAAAUGAAAUAGAAGACUUUAAGAGAUAUUUAAAGCAAACAAAAUAUGAUAUUAUUAUUGUGGGACUUUAUAUGAAUCCAGAUAAUACCACUACACAACUAUCCAACUCUUGGCUUGAAGAGGCAAGCAUCAUCAAUAAAGAUUGUUUAAUCAUCAUCAUGAAUUAUCCUGCAGGUGGUUUAGUAAAUGGGAAAUCAGGCUUAAUUGAUCAUAUUUCGAACCAGAAGCUUUCUUGUAAAGCAAUUCGUAUGGCAGUACCUUUAAGACGACUUAAACUAUUAAGAACAAUUGGUGAAGUACUAGAUAAGAAAUUACCCAAACUUGUUCCCAACAAUACUCGACCAACGACAGCCAAACUUAUUACGGAUGAAGAACGAAACUUAUUCAGUACAAUGAAUAUUUUAAUUGCUGAAGAUAAUCCUGUUGCACAGAAAUUGUUAUUAAAGCAACUUACUCGACUUGGCUUCCAAGUUGAAUGUGCAAAUAAUGGGUUAGAGGCUGUAAAUGCAUGGAUCAAUCAUCCCGAAAGUUAUUUUACAAUGGCUUUCUUUGAUCAUCAUAUGCCAAAGUGCGAUGGUGUUGCUGCUACUAAAAAAAUUAGAGAGAUAGAGGAUGAAGAAAAACGAACAAGUCGACUUCCUAUUGUAGCCUUAACAGCUGAUGUUCAAGAAAGUGCAAGACAUAUAUGUAUCAAUGCAGGAAUGGACGGUUAUUUAACUAAACCAUUAAAUCAAAAAAUACUUGCUGAAUCAUUGAGAAAAUAUUGUCAACCUUCUUCAUCUAAUAAUGAUACAAGUGAAAAAGCAAAAUAACAGGUGUAUUCUCUUUAGUUUAUAUUUUCCCUUUUUGUACAAUAAUAAUUUGUAUUAUAUGCCGCCCCCCCUUUUUUUUUCUUUAGAUUUUUUAUUAUAAUUAUGUAAUAGCUAAGAUUAUAAGUAAUAAUGUAUGCAGUAAGCAAUAAAGUCACAAGCACGAGUUUAUAAUACACAAUAA